AUGAACCAAUUCAUAUUUGUAAAAGAUGUCUCAAUGGAUUCACAAAAGAAUCAUUAUUACAAAGACAUAUUUUUUAUUGUAAGAAUAAUGGGACAGCUUAUGUUAGAAUGCCAGCUCCAGACAAAACGACUUUAAAAUUUGUAAAUCAUCACAAACAACUUCCUAUUCCUUUUGUAGCUUAUGCUGAUUUCGAGUGUUUUACUAAACCAAUGAACACUUGCAGUCCUAAUCCAGAAAAUUCUUAUAGAUAUGACUAUCAAAAAAACAUGAACCAUCAGGGUUUUGUAUUUUUAUUAAAGGAGUUGUUGAUAAAAAAAUAAAGCCAAUUACUUAUACUAAAAAAGAAGAAGAUGAUGAUGUAGCGAGAAUAUUUAUAGAAAAAAUUUCAGAAUUAACAAGAGCUAUUUAUUACGAUUUCUAUUGUCAGCCAAAACCUCUUAAACUUACCCAAGACCAACAAAAAUCAUUUGAUAAAGCGAAAAUUUGUCAUAUUUGCAACACGGAAUUAUUAGAGGAUAGAGUUAGGGAUCAUUGCCAUUUUACAGGUCAGUAUAGAGGUGCUGCUCACAACAAGUGUAAUCUUAAAUGUAAAAAACCAAGAAUACUACCAGUUAUAUUUCAUAAUCUUCAGGGGUAUGAUUCUCAUUUGUUUAUAAAGCAACUGGCAAGCUUACCAGGAGAAUUACGAUGCAUUCCAUCUACUGAAGAGAAAUACAUUUCCUUCUCUAAAUAUAUAAAAGUUGGUGAGUACAGAUCAAGAAAAACAGGUAAAAUGGUUUCUUUAGAUUUUGAAAUUCGUUUUAUAGAUUCAUAUAAGUUUCUUCAAACAUCUCUUGCUAAUCUUGUUAAAAAUUUACAAAAGAUGAUUUUUAUAAUACAAAACGAGAGUUUAAGAAGAAUGUAGAUCUAAUUACUCGUAAGGGAGUUUUUCCUUAUGAUUAUGUUUCGAAUCUUAGUAAACUAACAGAAACACAGCUUCCACCAAAGGAAGAAUUUUAUUCAAAGCUAAAUGAUGAGGAUAUAAGUGAAGAAGAUUAUUAUCAUGCUAUUCGAGUAUGGGAUACUUUCAAUUGUAAAACAAUUAGAGAUUACCACGAUCUUUAUUUAAAAUCCGAUGUGCUACUUCUCGCUGACGUGUUUGAAAAUUUUAGGAAAACUUGUAUGAAACAUUACAACCUUGAUCCAGCUCAUUAUUACACAUCGCCUGGUCUUGCUUGGGAUGCUUGUCUUAAAGAAACAAAACAGGAAUUGCAACUACUUGAUGAUUACGAUAUGUUAAUGAUGUUUGAAAGGGGAAUACGUGGCGGUAUAUCUCACAUAUCAAAGAGAUACGCUGAAGCUAACAACAAAUACAUGAAAUCUUUUGAUACCCAAAAAACUUCAACAUACAUUCAAUACCUCGAUGCCAAUAAUCUUUAUGGUUGGGCGAUGUCACAAAAUCUUCCAACACAUGGGUUUAAAUGGAUGAGAAAUCUUACUAAAGAUAAAGUUUACGAUAUUCUUGAAAAAAUAAACCAUAGCAUGUCAAAUCGAGGAAAAAUAGGGUAUAUAUUUGAAGUUGAUUUGGCCUAUCCUGAAAAACUAUGGGAAACACAUAAUGAUUAUCCUCUUGCACCUGAAAAGAUGAAUGUUAAUGGGGUUGAAAAACUAAUUAGCCAUUUUAAACCAAGAAAAAAUUACGUUGUCCAUUACCGAAAUCUUAGGCAAUAUCUUGAAAUGGGAAUGAGGAUAACUGCAGUUAAUAGAGGAAUAUCUUUCGAGCAGUCCCCCUGGAUGGAGCCUUAUAUAAGAAAAAAUACAGAAUUGCGUAAAGAAGCAGACAACAGUUUUGAGAAAGACUUUUUCAAACUUAUGAAUAAUUCAGUUUUUGGCAAAACAAUAGAAAACAUUAGAAAAAGACAAAAUAUAAAACUGGUUGAUAAUCGUAAAACAGCUCUCAAACUUUCAAAAAAGCCUAACUUUGAAAGAGCCACAAUUUUCGAUAAAAAUUUAAUCGCAGCUCAUAUGAAAAAAACAGAGGUGUAUUUUAACAAACCAGUAUACGUAGGACAAGCAAUAUUAGACUUAUCCAAAACAUUAAUGUUUGAUUUUCAUUAUAAAUAUAUACAACCAAAAUAUGGAAAAAAAGCUGAGUUACUUUUUACAGAUACUGAUUCCCUUAUGUAUCAAAUUCAAACAGAAGAUUUUUAUAAAGAUAUAACAGCUGAUGUGGAAUCCAAGUUUGAUACAUCAGAUUAUCCAAAAGAUCAUCCAUCUGGAAUUCCAACAGGGUUAAACAAAAAAGUAAUUGGAAUGUUCAAGGAUGAAGUUGCAGGAAAGCAAAUAACACAUUUUAUAGGCCUCCGCCCAAAGCUUUACAGCUUUAAAAUAGAAGAGGGUAAAAAUGUUAAGAAGUGUAAGGGAAUAAAAAAGUCUGUGGUUUCAAAAGGAAUUACAUUUGAGCAUUAUUUUGAUUGUUUAUUCACGGGGGAUAAACAAAUGCGAAGUAUGAAAAUAAUACAAAGUAGGUACCAUGAUAUAUAUUCCAAAGAGGUGAAUAAAAUAGCUCUUAGCUGCGAAGAUGAUAAAAGGAAGGUAUUAGAGGAUAAAAUUCAUACUUUGGCAUUAAGAUGA